CUGCCUCCCCAGAUAUCCGCCCUGCAGAAGGGAGGAGACAGCUUCCCGCUCAGGACUGCGUCGGGACGAGUUCUCGGAAAGGCUUUGCGCAGCUCCGACCGUAGCUCUAAGCCCGUGUACGUUUCCGUGGGCCACGGCAUCAGCCUCGACGCCGCCGUGCGGCUCACGCACUCCUGCUGCCGCCACCGCGUCCCCGAGCCCAUCAGACAGGGGGGCGCUGCAGGCCUGUGGGGCCUCCUGCCCUCAGGGGGGCGCUAUGAGGCCUCCUGCCCUCAGGGGGGCGCUAUGAGGCCUCCUGCCCUCAGGGGGGCGCUGCAGGCUUUAGAGAUAUAUUAUCUAAAAUGA